UGGACAUCUAAGUGCAUGGUAGCGCUGGAUUUGUAGGUGUCGGUACACUCUCAGUUCGUUGAGUUGUAAUGGCUUUUCAAUAUGAAUAUGCAGUUGUCAGUCAAAUACCAAGAUCAUUCGAAGAGUUUCUAAUGUCACCAGAUUCAAACGUUACUCUAAAAAAGGGUGGAAAGUUCAACUACGAAGAAGCUUGUAAUGAGAGAGAGAAAUUCGUCGAAGCAUUAAGGCAAAAUGGUGUUGAUGUGUUGGAAAUGGAAGCAGAUGAACGCCAUCCUGAAUGUGUAAAAGUUGAUGAUACAGCUGUUAUAAUCAACGGAACAGCACUGAUGUGUAAUCCAUAUCGUUGUCACAGACAAGGAGAAGUUAAUUUAAUACGUCACACACUGAAAAAAGAACUUGGGAUUAAAAUUGUUGAGUUGAAUACAGAAAAUGCUCAGGUUGAAGGAAGCGAUGUUCUAUUUACAGGUCAGGAGAUUAUUGUUGGUAUGUCAGCGCAUACAAAUGAAUCUGGGGCGCAUGCUGUCGCUCGUGCCUUCCCUGAAUAUGCCACAUCGAUUGUCAAAUUGCCUCAAGCCUUUCGAUCGUUGAAAGAUGCUGUCAGUGUCGCGGGGAUUAAUGUCUUGGCUGUGGGUGAAAGUGAAGCGGCUAAACAAUUACUAAAGGAGAUUGGACGGGUAGCCUCACACACAUACAAAGUGAUUACUCUACCUGAAGACCAUGCUGCCAAUGUCCUGUAUAUCAACCAUCACUUGCUUCAUUUAUCCUCCCAAAUGAUACCAAAAAGUAUAGGAAUAUUUGAAAAUAAAAUCAAUUAUUAUCGUAGUCAAGUUCAUAUCCCAGAGUUGUACAAUGCUGGUAUCCCAUUGUCAAAGUUAGCUUUAUUCGCUGGACCGUUUGGACGUCAGAAGAAUAUUAUAUCGACAAUUCCUUAAAUGCCUUUGAUGAUUGUGAAAGAAACAACGAUUAUUCAUUCCUCCUCAACACUUGUCUUGUGACUUAUUCUUCGACUUUUGCUUUCUCCUUUUUUUUUAAUUAGUUUGGUUGUUGAUUGACUGACCCUUUAUCGCUUCUAUUAUUCUCAAGCUUUAUAUCUAUAUAUCUAUGUGUAUAUCUGCUUUCUUUCAGUUUUGACAGGGGGAGGAAGUGGUUGGGCGACUGUCUUUUCUCUUGAUCAAUCCAGUUUAUGAUUGUGUUGAGUUACCUUGCCUCAUAUCAAGUGGAAGAGGGAGUGAGUGGAUAAACUAACUAGCCCUGCCCUGCCCUGCCUCGCUCUCAACGACAUUAUAGACGAAUAACGACAAAUACGACGAUGUGAAACUUUAUUUUUCCCUCCGAUCCUCCACUUUUUUUUCCAUUGAUGAUACUUCCUCAUACUGAAACUGCUAAUUUUCAUUAUUAUUAUUAUUAUUAUUAUCGCAUUUUUUAUAUAUUACAGUACACUCUGCUGCCUUCAAGUAUACUUAUGCAUACAAAUAUAUGAUAAUAUAAUAUUAUUAUUAUGAUUAUAAACUUGAU